AUGGCCAGAGCCAAAAGGAAUUCAUCACCAUCGAACUCAAUAGAAGCUGGUCCAUCGAAAAGACGUCGCCAGAACCCACCGCCCGAACCAACGAACGAAGUUAUCGAAAUCAGCUCUGACGAAGAUGACCCUCCCGCCAGCGUGAAGCCCCCCUUGAAAGGAAAGGAGAAAGGGAAGGCCAAAGCCAAGGUCUACGAAUUCUCGGACAGCGAGAUAGAGAUUAUUGAAAAGCCUGCUGCUGUUUCUAAACGCGUUAAAUCCAAACCCAAACCCAGAUCCAAAGUCAAACCAAAGACUUCAGCAACGGUCUUUGUCCAGGAUGACGAUGUGGUGUUAAAUGACGUCGUUGAAGAUGUCGACUGGUAUGCCGAAGACGUUAUCCUUGACACUGUUGAUGCUGGACUCGGGCUGCUACAUGAGGUCGGUGGUCUCGUCCCAGAACCUGGUAUUGGCGUUACGUCUUCUGCAAACGGUCUACAUGACCUUGCCGAGACAAAGGAGGUUGCGCGACGCGCAGGCGAUUCCAGUUCCGGCGUGCAGCAGAAUACGUUAACUUACAAGGCCAACACAAAAUCUGCUGUUAAUCUCGAGAUUCCUCGCGUCAAACUCCCUAACCCAGAACACGGAGUCGCCGAGUUCAAGGAAUUGUUAUCCCGAGUCGGGACUUGUUCGAGGUGCAAGGCAGAGCUAGCGUCUCCCUCUGGUCAGGUCUGUAUCAAACCUUGCUUGCUUGCUCAAUUUAUCAACUGA